AUGUCGGAAUUCAUGAGGUUCACAAUACUCAACCCCGACCUACGCAUCAUGAUAUGGGAAGAGGUCCUCCGCGAAGAGUCAAGUAAACGCCGCGUCCUCCUCCAUACCACCCAAGCCCAAAGCAUCCACGUCGUGCCGUCCCCGUACCUCGCGUCGCCACUCCUUCGGAUCUGUUGCGAGAGCCGCAUCCUCGCGCUGGAGAAGUAUCCUGUCGCGCUGCCCGUCUACUCUCUCGCAUCAAGACGCAUAGGCCGGUUUCUCCCGGGCGGACUUUGUUGGCAUCCUCCGCGUCCCAGCCCACCCUGUACCCAUAGCGACUGGUCUGAAUACAAUUUCUGCAUUUCAUGCGCCGGGGAGUCACACAGGAUUUACAGGGAGAGGAUCCUGGCCCGUCUUGCCCAGGGACGGGUCCAGUGUGGGCUCGUCUACAUCAGCCCAGCAGACGACGCAUUCGUGGUGGGAAUCGGCGUCGCCCCCAGUCUCGUGGUAAAUCAUGAGUACUUCACCAUCCCAUCAGCUCCAUCGUUCCCUAUCUUAUGGAACGUGGUCGGACCCUCGGUCGUCAACACUCGCAUGGCCAUAUUCUACGCCUCAACGCCGCUGAGUGAACUUGUCCGGCGCGCUAUAACCAGAGUCCAGUGGGUGGACGAGGUGAACAAUUUCACACCACACCCAACAUAUGAUUACGACGGGCGGCGCGCUGCGCGCCGCUGGAAUAUCGACGCCUUUCCCGGGCUCACGGAAUACACGUACCAAUACUCAACCUACCUGCUUAACCCCGGUCGGCCCAACGACUACCUGGCAGACAUCAUGGACCGACAGGGCUUCCAGACACCCCCCUGUUUAGUGUCUCCGAUGGCUGGGCCUUGGGUGUGGGCGUGGAGGAUUCGCACUGACGGGUUGCGCCGACGGUAG